GAUGGAAAUGUUGAUCAUUGAGGAUAUCCAAGCCAAGAAACCAAUCCUGAAGACAAGACUGAACCUUUUGUGACAUCACACUCUUGUCGCUUAUCCCCUCAUUUCUCCAUCGUCAUGGUUACUGAGAAAGUACCUCCGCACCCUUCCCUCCAUAGGGAUCCAAGCAAGGUUCCUGUGGUACUUCCCUGCGACCUAGAGACAUGGCCCUUGGUCCAGGGAGCCCUGACCAGACUGAAGAGGGUGUCCAACGUGUCGGAAGCCAUACCUAUCAUGGAUCACAUCUACGCCCUUAUCCAUGGUGGUGCUAAGUCGGCAGAUACUCGCAGGACCAGGGCAGCGACAGUCCUGGCUGGAUUGGUCAAUUUCCUGGAGGUCAUCGCAACGCGGGAGGAGCGGAUACUGUUCUUUGACCAAACCUUACCCAUGAUAGUAGAUCUCGCUUUGGCUCUUGGAGAACUGAAGCCGAAGGAGGGCUUUUUCUACAGUGUUCAACAAAUAGGAGGUGAAACUCGACUACCUAGAAGGUUUGUUGCAAGCCUGAUCUCCCAUCUGUUCCUGAGCACGCUACCCAAGCCAUCGAGCCUCUCACUCAACCUAACUCACUUUGCAAUCUUCUUCAGCGAAGUAAACAUGUCAAAUGAAGAAGAUUCCCAGACAGCUAAGCUCCGGUGUAUUUUGAACUACUUUAAUCGUUUAGCAACCGACUUCUCAGCCAGUGGGCCGCCUGGGAGCAUUACGUUCACGAGAAAGGUAUUAGCCAGGGAUGAGAUGCCGAUGCUUGAGACCUGGAAGGAUAGCAGACUCCAACUGUGCCCUCUUGUGGUCCGACCUGAUGGAUCGAUCGAGGAGGCUGGAAGUAGCUCACUUCAGGUUGACUUUGCCAAUGAGUACAUCGGAGGUGGAGUCCUAGAGGCGGGGUGUGUCCAGGAAGAGAUCCGCUUCUCCAUCUGCCCGGAACUCUUGGUGAGCCUGAUCUUCAUGGAAAGCAUGGAAGAAAACGAAGCCAUCUCUAUCGGUGGGUUUGAGCAGUUUUCGUCCUACUCUAGCUAUGGCUGGGGACUCAAAUAUGCAGGAGACUUCAGAGACAGUGCUCAGAUCACCAACAGUGGCGACAUCAAGACAUCUCUCGUAGCCAUUGACGCUUCCUGCAACCCUGGUGAUGACCAGUACAAGGAUACACUUCUCUUAAGAGAUCUCAACAAGGCUUACGUAGGCUUCCUCCAGAAUGAGCUCUCCAUGAUCAGUCAGAUGGGCGGCGAGCUUAAUAGUGAGAGCAUCUAUCUCGACGCCAUGGACCAGUCGCAGAUGUCGACGGAAGGUGACUUUGAGACAGCUUCUGAAGGUCUUGAUAGCCAUCCUAGAUCUGUUACACCAUGCAUCUCAACCAUAUCUGACUACAGCAACUCUCUGAGCCGAGCUAUCACUGACAUAGCAGUCAAGGACUACUGCCAGGGAAAGCGAGACCAGGCAACCCAAAGUGAGCCCUCUAUUGACUUGGAAAUUACAGGAAAGGGUGACGGUCGAUUUGGAUGCCACCACGAUGGCCUGAACAACUUUGCAUCCUCGAUAGCUGGUAAUGUGGUAAGGGAGGGGUACGUGAAUGCUUCUAGGAGAUCAACAUCGGAGAGAGCCGAGGGCGACCAUGGACAGGCUGUCGAAGGUAUUGCUGAAGACAUCUCCAAUACUCUGAUAACUGAUGCUAUCAACUCCCACUUAGGCGAUGGCCAGUCUCAUGACCGCGUCAUAUGGAAGAAUGGUCAUGGAGGCCCUCAUGGGGAUGGAGAUGGUAUCACCCAGAAUCUUGGUGCAAUCAUUGACGACAUCGUAGGUGUGGUCAUCAAGGAAGCUUUGGCAGAAAUCGCUGGGAUGUGCGUAUCGGAAACCAGCAGUACCCGAGGCCCAAGCUUGGAAGGCUACAGUGUGAUAUCCACAUGGUCGUCAUCCAAGUCAGACAGCUUUGUCCGGAUCGAUAUGGAUAGCGAAUUCAGCGCCAGUGGCACUCGAAGUGUAGGCAGUCUGUCAAGUGUGGGGUCUGAGAGGGUUGGCAUGACUGUGGAGACGUACGUGUCUAAUGUUGUUGCUGGGGCAAUGCAAAAGAUGAAAAACGGCGAUGUGAGUGAGGAACAACAAAAAACUCAAAAUGCAGAACCGAUUGACUCUGGGUAUGACAUUAAUGCCACAGCAGAAAGGAUUGUCGGUGGAGUGAUGGAGGAAGCUAAGAAAAAGUUGCAAAGGGAUGAUGAGAAUGGGUUGAGAAAUUCCUACUUCAAACCUGUGGUGUCAGCAGGACUUGAUGCAUUUGCUACAAGUAUUACCGAUUCUGCUUUCAAGGAUGCUCUUAAAGAGAUGACUGCAUCGGUACCUGAUCAAAGGUUUCAGUACUCACAGUAUUCAACCAUUCCAUCAACUCCACCUCCAUCUCCUUCCAAUGCAUCCACGGGGAGCUCAAAGCGAUUCAGUUUAGAGGAUCCUACGCAAUUAGAGGAAUUUGCAGAAAAGCUCCUUAGUUCAAUAACCCCAGAAUCGGCCUCCACAAGACAGCAGGGCACCAGGGCAAGUGAUGGAUACUCAAGGUUCCAGGAAAUUGAGAGCUUUGCCAACAGCCUGGUGUCCAAGGCAGUUAGUGAUUCGACCCAGAUAGUCAGUUCAUGCGGACAGUUCAGAAGAGAGAGUAGUUCAGGCUGCAUCAGUUCAAGAAGUUCCUUGACAGUUCCUUCUGGCAGUUCCAAGAGGUCAAGUAUGGACAGCUUUACAGAGGAUCUCCUUCGCAUCGGUAACAUUGACCCAACUGGGAGGAGACCAAGUAAGACUGAAGAGAACAUAGCUUUUUUCUCUCAAGAGCUCACUCGUGUGGCAGAAGUGGAAGAAAAGUUGGGCCAGAGAAGAAAGUCAGACUUGGAAGAUUUCCAGCAUGAACUGUGCCAAACUUCUAUUUCUAGUAGUGCUAGUCAAAAGAAUGAAGUCACUCAGUCCAAAAUCCAUGCUGCAAGCCGACUUGCCAACCGACUUUCAGAUGACAUCAUCUGCGAUGCCUUUCUGCAGCUGUAUGGUGCAACUCCCUUCCGGGAACUCAUACGCCUUGACUCUCUGUCAGACCUCGAUUCCGGUGGAGGAAAUAGGCGAAGGAGCUACCCCCGUCGUGGCUUCAGAACAUCAUCAGUAUCCUCUGCUUCUCUGUCUGUCAGGAGUACCAUUUCUGAAAUGGACCUGGUCACCCUGGCCACCAACCUAGCGAACUCUAUCAUUGAGUCAGCACUGCAGACGUACAGAGACGAGUACUUGACAGCACAGAGACUGGCAGCUGAGAGCACCACCGAGGAUGUGGACAGUCAGAUCCAGGACACAAUGGAUGAAGUCUCCAUCCUGGCCACCUACGACGGGUCCAACCUUGACCGGCAGGAGACAGCCUGCACAAGUCUUGCAGGAGAGCUGCCACCUGUCCUCUCAAUCCAGGAAACGGCUGGAUGCAUCGUAGAGAAGGCUGUCCAAGAUGCGGUGUUGUUGUACCAGGCCUCCUUGUCAAGCACCACAGGGGUUUCUCGGCACCCUGUUGGCACGCCUGCUCGGAGGCCUAUAGCUACUGGUAACUGGGGUUGUGGAGCCUUUGGCGGGGAUCCCCAGCUGAAAUCUCUUCUUCAGUGGGUGGCUGCAUCACAGUGUAGGGCGCCCUCGUUGUUCUACUACAGCUUCAAUGACAAGAGAGUACAGCAGCUUGAGCAAGUCACAUUGAAGAUACAAACCAAACGUUGGAGCGUCGGCGACCUGAUGCGUAUUGUUCUUGAAUACUGCCAUCAUGUGACGACGUCUGGAGAAGAAUCCGGGAAGCUUGGCCUGUUCGACUACAUCUUGGGUUUGCAAUGUUAAGAUUAAUCUUUUGAAAUCAAGAUAUACAUGUGAUAUUGUAAUGUCCUUCUUCCUCUAUCGUGUGUUAUAAAAUAAGGCAAUGAGUAUCCCGACACCUAGCAAUCACUACUUUUCAUUUUUUUUUUGUCAUGGUCCAAUAUUGCAACUUUGUAUAGUGCUAUGGAAUGCAUGUUAAUGUGGAAUAUGUAUUCAAUGUGUAUGGGUAAUGAUGUUUCAUCAGAACGAAAAAAAUCAGUGAUAAUUCUGCGCAAUGAUGUAUGUUUUAUACAAUGAAUGGAUUAUGGUUUUCGUUCUUCAAGUUCUUUUUCAUCCCCUGUGGUCUUCUCUUCAAUUUUACUGUGACUGUGACUGUAAUUCGAAUGUGAAGAGUUUUUUUUUUACGCUUUAAAAAGAUGUAUAGCAUUUUGCUGUUAGAGUAAGGUAUAACUGACUGGAAUCACAUUAUGCCUAGCAAUCGGGUUUGGAAAAUGUUGCUGGAAUAUUACCCAUGGAGGGGGGAAAGUGGAUGCAUCGUUUUCGGGCAAGCAAGAAUCAGGUGUUUGUGAUAAUGAUAUAUCUACAAAGUGCUUAGGGAUGUCAUUCCUUGAAAAUAAGCUCUACAUGUAAGUGGAAUAUUGUCAUCAUUAUUAUCAUUAUGAAUAACUCACAAUCUUCUAUACGUAAAGUGGGCCUUCAUUUUUUAUCCAUAUUUGUAGACGGGGGGGGGGGGGGAUAUUUCUUAUGAAGGUCUGUAUCCUACAUGGUUCUCAGUUUGCUGUUUUGUCAAACAAGUCCUCAAAAUGUUUUAGCCAGUUUUAUCUCUACAUUUAUUUGACGUACGCCCAUAUUCCUUUGUAACGUGUAGAAAUAAUCCCGAUGACAGAUUGUCUUAACCCUUAUCAAACUGGGGGGAAUCCCCCCCUCAACAAAUUUUGCCGCUACGUCACCGCGCAAAUUUUUUUGACCGGUAGACUUCUGCAGUAAGUAGUAGAAGUAAUGAGAGAGCAUGCUAUGAUAUGAAUGUAUGAAAAGCCCAGAUUUUCCUCUUUUAUUUAAUGCAUUUCUGAGAUGAUUUCAGAUUUAUCAUUUAUACACAAGAGGAGUGAUUGUAUGAGGAACAACUUCCUGUAUUUAGCUCAAUUUCGCCGAAAAUUGGACUUGGGUCGUUUUUAUGUUCAGAUACUCAUUUAUCUCAAGGUAAAUGCAGUUGUCCACACUAAGCUUACUGCGAAAAUUGGUUUGUGAUGUUGAUAUAACUUCAUAGGUGAUGGAUAUCACAUCAUGGCUGUGGUCUGUUGGUUCUGAAUCAUCUUGUAAAUCAAGAGGGUCGUGGGUACGAAUCCCACCUCUGAUAUGUUUUUCUUCAGCAAGAAAUUACCCAAAUUGUGCUGCACUCCACCCAGGUGAAGUGAAUGGGUACAUGUACAACUGUUCAUGUACCUGGCACAAGUGAUUGGUCAAAUGCCCUUGGCAGUGGAAAUGUCAGCUUGAGCUAAAGCAGGGGUAAUAAUGGAAGCAUGCCUCAGAAUAGAUUAUUUCUAAAUAAAUGGCACCAUAUCAAUUACUAUUAUUACUAUUGUCAUUGUUAUGAUUAGAAAAAAAAAGCGAUCUGUGCCAAAAACUUUUCAGAUUUAUAUGACUUCCUUGCCAUAAAGUUUCAUUUCACGUCACACAGAAAAAAUUAAGCAUUGAGUGAUUACAAUAGUGAGAAAGCUUUCAUUGCUCCUUCUUAUCGGUCAUUUUUUUUGGGAAAAUCACAAAAAAAGCUGGCAUUAAUAGCUAUCUAGAACAAGAUUUUUCCAGAGGUUUACGUCUUGUUGUGUACAGAUGAAUCAGUGAUGCUCCAUCUUGGUGUAUCUUGGCUGUACAUGUAUGUUGUCUAGCGCCAUCUUGUGGUAAAGCUUUGCUAGUCCUAUAUGAACAUUAAUUGAACACAUCAUCAACUUUACUGGUACAUGUAAAUGAAUCGAAACAAUGCUGACUCAUGUCACAAAGAUGAUGGUGAUAAGUAAACUGAAUGGCCCGUAUUCUGAAGUCAGGUUUAACUUAAACUCAGGUUUAAAGUUGUGGUUUAAGUAUGUGGUUUAAGUAUCAAAUUUGUUUUUAUUAAGUUGUAUGUUUCUUAUGUUUAGUGUGCUCUUUCCUGAUUCAUUGAUGGUGAAGACAAUAAUCUUUUUUUACUUCCUAGACAAUUAUGAAUGAUUUGAGAGCUAAAUGAGCUGAAUUAUGAUACAUGUAUCUCUACUGUUAGUGAUUUAUGUAACAAUUGGCUUUCCAUACUUAAACCACAACUUUAAACCUGAGUUUAAGUUAAACCCGACUUCAGAGUACGGGCCAAGAGGUUUAAACUUAAGUCAAACAACAUCUGUAUAGU